CUGUGAGUAGGUUUCAUAAUCGUUCUUGUCUAAAAUUUAGAAAAACUUGGAAUACAGUACCUACCUAAUCUUGUUAUUCUAAUAAUUGUUCAUAUUAAGUUAGAAAUCGUGUUUUGAAUAAUACUCCGUAGUACAAUGGCUGCGUUGAUAAAACUUCGCCACAUGCCUAUUAUUCAAAAGUCUGUUUGGAGUCAUCUAACCAAAAACAGUCGCUGUAUAUCUACUUCUAAAAAAAAUAGUGAUAGCGCAACAACAGAAUGUAAAGCUGAAGAAAAAAAUUGGGUUAGUUAUGGUUUUGACUACGAUAGUAAGGAAGAGGAUACUAAUGCCCACCACGCAGCAUUCUUUUUCUCAGUUUCGCUUUGUCUAGUUUUUGGUGGAUUUUGUUGGGCAUAUGCACCAGAUGUCCAUAUGAGAGACUGGGCACAAAGAGAAGCUUAUAUAGAAUUGCAUCGUAGAGAGAAAGCCGGCCUGCCUCCAAUUGAUCCCAACUAUGUAAAUCCUAAAACAGUGAAACUACCAUCUGAAGAUGAAUUGUGUGAUGUUGAAAUUAUUAUCUAAUUAUAUAGUUUGUAUAAAAAGUGAUAAAAUGUAGUAGCAGUGAAUUAGUAAAUCAAGUAAUUUACCUCCUUAUUUAUUCAUCUCCUUAUACUAUAUAUAUAAUAUCUGUAAAUUACAAUAAAUUACCGACUAUUACUAUUAUAGAAUUCUUCCUAUUUUGUUGACGUUGUUUAAAUAAAUAAAAUGAUCUUAAAAGAUUAA